UCAGUAGUUCUGGCCAUUACCUGCUACACUUGCAUACCAAACCCACCGACUGUGGCAUGCACAACACUGGGUGAUUUGAAUGUCACCGAUUGUGACGCGGAUCCGAAUAUACCAUCUGGUAUGGCUGACGUGUGUUUCAAAGUGUUAACUGUGGUGAAAAGGGGACAAAUGGGACAAAUGACUAUGAAUAUGUUUAGCUGUGGAAUGAAGUCAAUGUGCCAAGACCUCCAGGCAAAGUCUUGCAAUGCCUCACAACUGCAACCUGGAAUGACCUUUAAAAAAUGCGAAGCCACGUGCUGUGAGCAGAGCAAAUGCAACGGGCUUGCAAACAGCACCUCGCCAAGUGUAAACGCCUCGCCAAGUGUAAACGCCUUGCCAAGUGUCAACGCCUCGCCAAGUGUAAACGCCUCACCAAGUGGCCCGGCAACUAGUAUUCCUGUAAAAACUACGGCCACAGGAACCCCACCAAAACCUACCAGUGGUGCCACAGCAUACAACAAAGUUGUAUUAUUUGCCACCAUCUUUAGAAGCGUACUCUAUGUGCUUUUUUUCGUGUACUGACUUUGAGCAGUGAUCAUUGUUAGAGUGCUAAAAACAAGGCUAACCAGGUGCUAGAAUGUGU